CAUCACUUGACAUUUUGUACAGUUCCUUUCCUUCGAUCGAACGUUCAUUUUUCAGCACAUGUCUAAGUAAUGUUCAGCCGAAAUGCACAUUCGAAGUUCUUUUUCGCGCGCGCGGCUAUUUCAGUGCUUGACUAUUCACUAGCACUCUCUGGACCUCGAAGACCACAAGUUAAAAUGUUUGGGAAUUCAGGAACACGACAACUUUAUGUCAACUUAGCUGCACAUGUCAGAAAACUAGGGCGACUCAGAAGGGACGGAUAUCAUGGCGUUUUGGGCCCGACAAGACUAUUAAUUUGCAGUGAAUUUGACGGAUACCAGUACACCGGCACUCGUAGCUCUUAGGAUCCUGGGCAGGCUUUUGGGUGUUACUUGGUGGUAUAAUGGUAAUUUUAACGUACCUAAGCGACUCUUUGUUGUUUCUGGGCUGACCAGUCUUUAGAUGAAACGUUUUGGAGAGAGAUAUUCGGAUUCGGGUGAGACAGGUGCGCAACUGAACCCGAUUAUGAACUCGGAAGUAAGUGCUUUCCCCUUCAUGAUGAUGGUUAUCGAGUUCAAUAUGUUCGUGUUUUUACUGAUUCAUAGCAAGAUUUAUGGGGCUGAGCAUGCUUACAAGUCCUUUAACGUUCGUAGAUCUACUACUAUUCACAGUAGUCCCCAUAAUCGAACUCCCGCGGUAUGUAUUAGUUUACGGUAU